UCUUCUUGUUCAUAGUGGAGAUUUUUUAGAUGAGGAAGAAAUAAUAUUUUCUUUGGUUUUUUUGGUUAAAAAAUAUUUGUUGUUUUAAUUUAAAUGCAAUGAAUGCAAUUUUUGAUAAAAUUUUUUGAAAAUUAAUGUGUUUUGCUUGAGAUUAAACCUAAAGCAAAGAAAGCCGAUCACAACAAGAACUCGAAAAUACCUUUGUGCAGUGUGUGUGUUGUAAAUCUGACGCGCUAUUGAUGUUCCUGCGGAACAAUUCUGAUUGACGCAAGCAUCUUGGAGUUUUAUUUUUUGCAUAAGUGAGGUGAUUUUCUGAAAAUCUCUUCUAGAGUGCAAAAAAACAAAGAUAAACUUCAAAAUUUGAAAUGAAUUCGAUCAUUAGACAUUCUGUGCCUGCCGAUCAGAUGCACAGUUUCCUCAAGGACAAGCAGGCGUGGGAGAAUGCCAUAGCCUUGUAUCAGGGUCCCGACCCAUUAGAUCAUUGGUGGAACUAUAUAUGUUGGUAUGAAAACCAUGGCCAUGGUGAUCCAGAUAAUAAAUUUCGUGAAACAUUGGAAAGGUGUUUAACGCUCUAUGAGCACAGUGACUAUUAUAAGUUGGACGUGCGUAUGGUGCGUCUGUGGUUAAAGUACAUUGAUAUGCAAAGCAAUCCACUGCAUUUCUAUCAAGUUUUACAUCAAAGAGGUGUGGGCAAACAAGUGGCCUGUUUCUAUAUUGGCUGGGCAACUUAUUACGAGUCUAUUAAUGCCUUUAAAGAAGCUGAAGCUGUAUAUAUUCUGGCCUUUCAGGAAAAAGCCCAACCUUAUGCAGAAUUACAUCAUGGUCACAGCAAAUUAAUGUAUAACAAAACUAUGCAUGCUCAGGCCCAACAACAACAACAAUUGCUGCAUCCUCAGCAUGCUGCUUAUCAAACAACUACUGCGACCAACAAUGCUGGAACUCCUACGGCUAAUCCCAAUGUUGGUAAUAUGGAAAUACAUCAACAACAACAACAGCAGCAAUAUCGUCAACAAGUUUCCUAUCAUCAUUCUGCAAAUCAUCAAACGCAACAACAGCAACAACAAAUGGCUCAUCCAACCACUUCACACCACCAAUAUAAUCAACAUCCUGCUGCUGCUGCUCAACAACAACAGCAACAGCUUCAAACACAUGGAUAUCAUAACCUACCGAACCAUAAUCAUUAUCCACCACAACAUCAAAAUAUUCAGGAUGCCCCACAUCAUCAGCAAGUCCAUCCUCAGGCGCAAAUACAAACGGCAGCAAAUGUCCAUCAGCAUAAAGAAUCUAAUGAGCAGGUUGCUGCAACUCCUGCUUACAAUACGCAACAAAAAAUUGUACAUAAUACCCACCAACAACAGCAACAUAAUGUCAAUGCCCAGCACAUACAACAGCAACAAGUUGCUGUUGUUCAUCCACAGCCGCAAACACAAUCUCGGCAAGAAAAUGCUAGCUAUAGUGUUCCCGUAGAACAACAAUUGCCUGCAGCAACGGCAAGCAUGAGUCGCCAACAAUAUGAAAGAGCUGUAGAGGCUUCUAGCAAACGUAAUGUAGUGCAAAAUGCUCCACAAGUAAAUAGCAGUAGCACAAACAUACUAGUGGCAGGUAUAAGACUGCCUAGAAAAUUUGCUACAUACUGUCGAAACAAUCAUGAAACUUGGCAACCGGCACUAUUCCUGGAGGAACCAGAUGAUCCCCAAAAGGUCUGUCACUAUGCGAAAUCUUUAGUUUAUCCUCCAGAUUUGGGUGUAGAAUUUAGUCCCGAAGAGAUAAAAGCCAGACAUUGUAAAUAUAAAAUGGAGGUGGUGAAACAAGAGUAUAACCCACAACAAAAUUAUCAAGCACAACAGCACGGAGAGCAAGAACAGACCAAUAGAGAAGCCCAAAGUAGUGGAACACAAGCCCAACAGAAUCUUAAUGUACAAGUGCAGGAGAUUGGUUCGAUUAAAACGGAAACCACCACCACAACAACAACAAAUGCAGCCAAGUACCAGCAAACGCAACAAUAUUAUGUACAACAACAACAACAGCAGCAACAAUUGCAUCAUAUUAACAAUAAUCAUUUAUAUUACCAGCAACAGCAGCAACAUGAAAAUCAAUUGUAUCAACAAGAACAACAACCUCAAACACAACUAGAUCCUCAGCAACAACAACGACAGCAAUUGCAAACGCAGCAGCAACAACAACAACAAUAUCAUGUGAAUCAUUAUGAACAACAAAGGUAUCAACAACGUCAACAUGAGCACCAACAAGAGCAGCAGCAAUACACUAAAGUUGAAGAAGAGGAAACUGAAGGAGAUCAAGAAGAUGAGGAUGAAGACAAUCAGGAUACAGAAGAUGAACAACAACAAUAUAACCAACAACUUCCUCAACAGCAUCCAAACUAUCAAUAUCACCAUCAUAAUCAACAACAACAACCAUCAGCACAACAACAUCUUAACAAUUUAGAUAACGAAGGUGAUUUAGAAGAUCAAAUCGAAGCCUCAACAAUACGUUUCAGUAUGCAUACGCCCAAUAAAGGAUCUCAAAAUAAAACAUUGAAAAUUAAAUUUAAAAAAGAAAGACCCACGGCUGUUGGUGAUACUCCCAAUGGCAAUAAUAACUAUAGUGCCUAUACUAUAGAGCGUAUAUAUCAGCCAGAGCUUGAAUCACCUUCGAUGGCUGAAAAUGUCCUUAAACGCAAUGGCAACAAUAAUAGUUUUCAUCCCUAUAUUUCUUCCACACCAAAGACCUCAACUAAACGCCAGAAAACGAAAUUGAAAAAACCUUCCAAUAAAUUCCACAUGUUGGGCUCCACAAAUAGUAAUUCUUCCUCUGCGGAAAAUGGCCAUGCCACUCUUAACAACAGCUAUAUGAUGGAAAAAACACUUACAGCCACCUCGGAAAAUAAAACACACCACCAACAUCAAUUGGAACGUUCUGUGCAGAAUGCCACCUUUAACGAUAAUGCCAAUUAUUCAUUCUCUUCAGCGGUCGCUUUAGACAACUCCAACUGUUCGCUUAGCAAUGCAGUGGGUCGCCUUAAUUUCCGUGAUGCUACCGCUUUAAAUAAUUCCACUUUAAAUCAAACUCAUGUUGCCGAUAUUUCCACCUAUCAGGAGAAUUCAUAUUUCUCAACUCAAAAUGAUGUCGAAGCUAAGGAGCGUCGUUUAGCUAAAGCUUUGGAAACAAUCGAACGUCAUAUGGCCAAAGAGGCUAUCGAUCCAUUCAGCAGUGAAUUGUGUCGUGCUUUCCUAACGAAACUCGAUUUUCCCGGCGCCAAUGGAGAGGCUCAUGAUAAUUAUAAAAUAAUACAGACCCCAUUACCUAAAAUCGCCAAUACACGUCAAUUGAAUUUAUCGGAUGGCAUACAGUUUAACAUCGACAAAGAAAUCGGUCGCGGUUCAUACGGUUCAGUGUAUAAAGCAACUGAUGUGGCCACGGGAGCUGUGGUUGCUUUGAAAUUCCAAAAGCCAGCAAAUACUUGGGAAAUUUAUAUAUGUGAUCAGGUGAGUUAUAAUUUAGAAACCGAAACAUCUCAUAAACUUCGACCUAACUUUAUCAGCAAUUUAUCAACUUCCGAAACAACUAUAUUCAGCACAACACCUCUACAGUCGCCCAUUGAAAAGCCCACGACGCAAUCUCAAACACAAUCCACUCAAUCAGAGGCUGGUGAUGUGGCCGAUUGUGAAACCUCAUCAACAGCAUCGGGUAAAAGCUUUGAAACGCACAGUAUACACUCAAAUCAAAGCUAUCAACAUCAACAACGAAACAAUCAAUCGGCAACUAAAUCCAUUAGCAGCACUAAGAAUAGUUCACCUAGUCCUACGCCUAGCGUUUUAAAAGAUGAGCUUAAACGUUUGAAAUAUUUUGAAAUUUCAUUGAAAGAACAAAUUAAGGAUUUGUCUUUACAACGAGAUGGUUUAAUAAUGGAAUUGCAGCAAUUACAAGAAGCUAAACCAGUAUUAGAAAAAGCUUAUGCGCGCACCUCACAUCCUUCUUUAAUACAAAGAGUCAAUCAACUUGAAUUGAAGAAUAGGCAUUUACAAAAUGUUGUCAAACAACAGCAACAGUAUACAGAAUCCAUAAUGCAACAAUCUUGGCGUCAUCAUCAAAUCGAAUUAAAUGAUUUACAUGGUCGCCUUGAGGCUCAAGGAGCUUUAAUUGCCGAACAAGUACAGCGUUUACAUAAUGCUGAUAUUUUAGUUAAAGAUCUAUAUGUAGAGAAUUCGCAUCUUACUGCAUCCGUACAACGACUCGAACAGCAAAGAGUACAAGCUAAUAUGUUACAGCAGCAACAACAGCAAAGACAAAGUUGUACUGGCUUGCCGGGUAUACCUUAAAUAUUGUUACAACUAAUGUAAACUUAAGGAAAAAGGAAACAAAAGACAAAUCUUUUUAAGACAUCUGUCACAAAACAUAUUACAUUUUAACAAAGGCAGUUUAAUAAGGUAAGCAUACUGUCAUACUAUUCUUAUAAAGAAUUUUUUACAUUGGAAGCAUGAAUGACUCUCGUUUACUUGCAAACGUAAAAGCUGUCUUUCACUCUCUCUCCUCUCUCAAUUUUAUCUUUAAUGAAAACUCAUCAUUUAUUUCUAUUACAACAACAUCUUUGAGUAUAUGUACGUUCUCCUUGCCCCACACGUGCUUUAAGGUCGUUUUAUAGUUAAAACGUUAAAAGACAUUAGUUAAUAAUGUUAAAAUAUUUUCAAUAGUUAUACAAAUAGUUAAGGAUUUAACGCGCAAUAUACAUAAUGUUAUAACACAUACAAACAUACAUACAACAAUGUAUGAUGAUGAUUAAGAUAAUUGUUAUAUUUUGUUUGAUAACAUUAUUAAAUAGGAAAUUUAUUUUUUAACAAUUUUUACUACUUCAACAACUGACUAUUUAUAAUUUUAAUUUUGCAUUUUAAAACUAGAAAACUUUUGUUAUUUAUUAUAUUUUGAUUUCAAAAUUUACGUUUAAUUCUUUGUUGUCCAUUUGUCUCUUUUUACAAUUUUUUAUAUUAACUUUAGCAUUUUUGACUUUUUAAUUUUGUUUUACAACGAAAAUAUUAAAAUUUUUUCUCAAUUCUUGUCUGUGGUUUGUUUUAUUUUUUACUUUUUGCUCUAAUUUCUAUUUAAGUUAACCAACUAAACCAAAUAUUAAAAAAAAAACAUAAAAUUUCGAAUCGUUUUGAAAUGAUUAUUUUUAAUCUAGUUAUUUACAACAUUUAUACUUGUUGUUUUUAGUGUUUACUUUUUUUAAGACAGUAGCGCAUUCUGCCUUUUAUAAGGCAAUGCUUUUAACAAGAAAAAAAAAUACAUUGUUCUUUUGUUUUUGGUGAUUUGAUUAUUAUUAUCUUUUAAUUUUAUAUUUAAAUAAAAGUCUUUUUUUAUUGUAGAUUGUACAUAUCUUAUUGUAAAGUAUUAUAUAUUGUUUAUAUAAAUCCACUAUUAAACUAUUAUAAAUUAUUUAUGUAUUUAAAUCAUAUCUGGAAAAAUAUAUGCCUUUGUUUCUUUAAGAAUUACAUCGUUACCUUAAUGGAAAAAUAUCGUGUAAAUGAAACAUUUUUUUCACAUAAACGUUUUGUCUUUUAAAAAAUUU